AUGGGGGAGGCAAAUGGAAUUCAGGUGGGUAUUAAACUCCUUCUCGAAGACAGGGACAACUUCCAGCGAUUGGCGCAGCUCCCAUCUUUGCGUCUGCAGGGCGAAGAAAUUUACGUGGAUUACUUUUUUGAUUUUCCCUCGCGACUUCUGAAGCAGAACAGUGAUGUGCUGAGGCUUCGAGUACCGGUAGCUGCGGGGGAGACGGCGACGCAGAAACUUUCUUCUCUGGCGUUGAAGAAUAAUAACAGGGUGGAGAGAGGAGACCAGAUGUAUUUUGCCAGCCAUGUACACAAACUACCGGAGGCGGUCAAGGACGAGAUUCUCAGUGGUGUGGACCUCAUGGAGGUGCUGAGGCGACAUUGCUCCCACGCGAGGGAGGACUCAAACGCCCCCAUCAAUUGCAUGAUUCAAAAGCUGGAGUCCCUUGAAAACAUGUCGGGCGCAGCGGAGCCCAUUGAAAUGGUGGGAUCUCUAAGUUCACACCGCAGGGUGUACCAUUACGUCUCGCCGGACAGUUAUGGGAAUGAGACGGGAACACACGAACACGCCCUAAGAGAAAAGAGUCUCCUGCAGGGUGCAAGCGUUCGUUUAGAUGAGACAGACUUUCCUUUCGGAAAAAAAUAUGAAAUUGAAGUGACGGAAAUUACGGAUCCGGUUAAUGACGUUCGCGAGGAGCUGGAGCACUUCCUACAACUACACCACAUUAAGUACAGUAGGAGUUUGGAAAGCAAGUCCUCACGGUUUAUGAAGUACUCGGAAGGAUUAAGAGCUCCUUCUCUGGAUAUCACUGGGGUACACCUCUGUAUCACGGGCGCUGAAGGCUACAAUGAAGUUCUCAGGUGGUUAGAAAAUGACUGUCAGACCGCCGCCGUCAUUCCAUUGCCUUCCGGAAUGUCUCAGGGGUCGAAGUACUUGAUGUCGCAGGCCAGCGCUGUCAGCGAGUAUUUUGCUGGCCGAGGGGAGUUGCCGAUUUCAUCGCAUAACGUGAGGGAUUCCGUCUCGCAGUCACUCCGGCAUUGGUCCCAAUUCUCCUUGCGGGAAGACGUGAACCCUAAUGGUGGGGGAAGCCUGCAGCAAGCUGAGGAUCAUGAAGAGUACCAGGAAAACUACUACUUUGAUGACGCGGUGGAAGGAACCUUGAGGCAAAAUCACUGUGUUGUGGAAUUGCGAUGCAUCAAUCAGGGCGCUGCCUUCAUUCUCUCCCUGAAGAAGGAUCAGAACGUCGUGAAUGGGUCCCAAAAUGCCACCACACUUCGAGGGGAAAUCUCGGGUGACAUAGCCCGACUUCUGUUACGGGACCCAACGACGUUCUUGAAAACGAUGAAAGACUACAACAACGUCGCCAGCGCUCUUUGGAGUGAUUUUGAUCUCCAAGAAUUGUUUGUAGUUGCUUUCUACCGAACCAAACGUCGUGUAUUUACACGUUCUGUCACGGCAGUUCUUCCUUCGUGGAUUUUGCAAGAUGCGGGACGGCGGCAGAUGUCAGAUGACGAUGAUGUUGACGUGCAGCAGUGCAGUGCAAACACGGCGUCGCUGUCUCAAUCAAUAAUUGAUCAGAUGCCUUUUUUACACAUCCACCUGGACCUUACAUUACAUGAUUUCUCUAUGCCACCCCAUCACUAUGCAGCCAUCGCCGCAGAGAGUCCAUCAUGCACGUACGGCACUGUUGCAGCAUUCUCCUCAACCAAGCAUUCUGUGAGCCUAUAUGAGGUUGGAGUAACUGGCCUCACCCCACACUUGCAGGAGUUGGUUAGGCACUGGCUCACCUCAACGAUGAACAACCUUGGUGUGGAGUGGAAGCCGGGCAACCUGACAAAGGUGGAGCAGUACCUCGUCCUUUUACUUGAGCGGCAGCGACACGACCAAGGAGACGUGACUCAGCACGAUCAUAAUUAG